GCGUGGUAUCUUCCGCGAAAAUAGAUUUCGAGUUGACGAUGUUGUGUGGAAUAACAUUCUUCAUUCAUCAUGGAUGAUUGGCAAAUUUGUCCAAGAUGCAAGACAACGAAGUACAGAAAUCCAAAGCUAACGCUGUGGGUGAAUGUGUGCGGCCAUAAAUUGUACGUCAACUCUCUGUAUAAGCUCAUUUACUUAAGAGAUUUGUUGAAGGUUUUUAGACUGUCUUGCAUAUUUAGCAAUUUGAGGUCUUCCAUAAGUGCAACUGAUGACAAUGACAUUUCCUUGAUGUGUCAUUAAUUACAGUAAUUACUAGUAGUCUAAACCCUAACUGAUAAAAUUUAUGUCUAAGCCAAUCAGAAUUCUGUAAUAUUUAAAAAUGGCUUGCUGAAGGCAAGGUGAGUAUUGUUAAAUAAUCCCCUAGACAAGGUCCAGGGAACUAUUUAUUAAAAUUCACUUAGCCUUAGGCAUAUAAUUAUUUUAGUAUAAUAGCUUGGUUUCUUUCAAAUUCUGUUCUGAACAGUUGUUUUGAUGUUAACACCAUUCUGUGUCAAUUAUUUUGAUAACUCGUUUCGAGAUAAAGAAUCAGGUUCCACUAGAAUGUGAAAGGUUAAUUUGAUUAAGUCGGCAAAUAUGUCUUAUCUUUCUUUUGCAAACUUAACCCUUUACCUCCCAGAAGUGAUUAACAUAAAACUUCUCCCUACAACAUCCAUACAUUCUUCAGCAAACAGGUAAUGAGAAUAUUCAAACUUAUUAGGCAGAAGCUGCUAUCUCGAUCUAGCACCAAGUUCUCAUAACAAAUUUACAAGGAAAUGUGUAGCAGCUAUAGGGGAGAAUCAACAAUCAGAUCUUGGGAGUUAAAGGGUUAAUAGCAUCUUUUGUGCUCUUUUAAAUUGUAUUUUCUUUACUGUUUUGAUCAUUUCCUCUGCAAAACUGACAAAACAUGAGACACCUAGUUUGAAAUUUAGCCCUCCUCCAUGAUCACCUGGCAGGAGGUGAUUAUAGAUAGAUAAAAGGCAAUCAUUGACCAAUCAGAAAAGUGCGCAUCCUUUAAUCACCAGAGCAAUAAUACUAAUGUCAUUUAUGUCCUUAAGGUGUGAAGGCUGCAAAGACACACUUUUCACCAGGCCCUCUGCAGCAUGUCCUGAAUGUAACACACCACUGCGACUCAAUGACUUCAGACUUCAACAGUUUGAAGAUCUUAUAGUGGAGAAAGAGGUGGCCAUCAGGAAGGACAUCCUAAGGAUGUAGGUCUAAUGAACAUUUGAUGUUAUCAACUGAAUUGAUAACAUAAAUUGGCCACCACAAAAAGUUUCCAAAGCUGACAUUUCAAGUGUUACCUUUUUGUCAACUCUUAGGAAUAGCUGAAACUCAAAAUGUCAGCCUAAGGAACUCUUUAUGGUUGCCAAUAUUAUUUACAUCAACUAUAGUUGAUGAAACCAAAUUAUCUUGAAUGUGAAACUCUCUCACCAAUGCAGCACAAAGUUUAUUUGGAAACUUACCUCUUUAUUUCAGCAAUAACAUAGCUCUCUAAUUUGGGGUAGUAGAUUGGACACGAGUUUUGCCAUCGUCUGCUCUUUUAGUUAAUUGCAGAUAGGCAUUGGUUUCUACAGGAACUGUUACACAGCAUUAACUAAAGGAUGAUAAAGCUAUAUUAUAAAGGAAAUGAUCACCAACUAAAGAGGCUCUUGGAUGUUUAAACCCUUUAACUCCCAUGAGUGACCAAGAUAAAAUUUCUCCUAACGAUAUCAAUACAGUAUCAACCAGACAGGUGAUGAGAAUAAAGAAAACUAUCUAUUCGGGGAUAAUUAGUUGAUCUAACACUAAUUCUUUGAACUAACAUUAUAAGAAUUGUAUGGUUGAUGGUAAGGAGAAUUACAAAUUUGAUCUGGGAGUUAAAGAGUUGACAAAUUCACCUUGUUAGUACUUUAGGAAAUGCAUAAAAACAGUUUGGAGAAUAUACAUACCCGUGUUGAGAUGUUAAGGGUUGAUCCAUUUUAAACUUCAACAAAGUGCUCAGUGAUUUUUUUGUUUUUCAUUUUUCUUCUUUUAUUGUUAUAAUCAGUUACAACAAGCGUGAGGAAGAUUUUAAAUCUGAGCCAGAUCCCUUAAGAGCAUACAAUGACUAUCUGGAAGAUGUGGAGAGCAUAAGUAAGAUGUCUGAAGUUUUGCUACAUGUGAACAAUUGUGAUGUUGUAGAGGAGCAACUUCCCAAUGGUUUGCUGGACUUGCAUAAGAGUUGUUACUUACAUGUAUAUCUUUUGAGAAAAGGGAGGGGGGGAGGUUACUUGUCCAGAGCCCAGUUCUUUAAGGGGCAGAUAACAUUAUCUGAUGGAUGUGAGAAUUAAUCCUUUACACCCUAAGAGUGACCAGCAUCUAACUGCUCUUUACUGUAUUACCAUUAAAUCACUUAUUAAGAUCAUGGACAUGAAGGGAAUGAUUGUCAGUCUAAAGGGCUUUGAUUGUUAAUCAACUUUUCCUUGUCAGUAGCAAAGGAAAUGUACAGAGAAGAGUUAAGAGAAUCUGGACAUUGAUGUUAGGGUGUAGAGGGUUACAAUUAACAAAAGGCAUUAAGCCAUUCUCCAGAUAGAGAUUUAUGUGGUUGAUAGCUAGGGUUUUCCACCCUUUGAACCAGUGGAGCCACUUGGACAAGUACCUGUCCUAGUUUGUGCUGUUAAAACUGACAAGUCCAUUAAAGUCCCUGAUUGAGAAACAUAACAUGUGUAAUAACCUAACAAUCCUAUUGCUUAAUUUCUUGCAAUACCUCUCUCUGUUAAAAAAUAAAAAAGCAGCAACAACAACUUUGAAUUUCCGAGGGUACCUAAAGAACAACAGUAACUGAUAAAAAUUUAAAGUGUACAUAGAAAGAUUUAAUCCUUCAAUGCCCAGAUGUGAUUCCCAUGUAACUUCUCCCUACAAUAUUGAUCCACCAUCCAGCAAACGGGUAAUGAGAAUACUCAACUGUAUCAUGUAGAAGUUGUUAUCUUGAUAUAAUAACAAAUUCUUGCAACUAAUUUACAAGGCAAUGUGUAGCAGUGAGAGGGGAGAAUUAACAACCAGAUCAUGGGAGGGAAAGGGUUAAUAUACAUCUAAUUAUAUUUCUUCAUCGCUUAUCUACUCAGUAUGGAAUCUUGCAAAUGGACAUGAGGUUGAUGAGACAAAGAAGCAAAUUAAAAAGUAUGAAAAGGAAAAUGAAUCACUGAUCAGGAAAAACAAGUUGAAGUGGGUGAGUACUCUGUCUCAUGGUGCUGUUUUUCAAGUUGAACCCUGUGUCCAGAAAUGCAUGCAGUACAAAAUUGGAAAAGAUUUACCAAGAGCAUCAGAUCCACCAAGCUGCUAUUGUUUUGACGAAUUUGACUUAAGUUCUUUAAAAUCAUCAAUUCCACCAAGCUGAUUUUGCUUUGACAAAUUUGACUAAAAUUUGACUAAAAUUAAUCAAAAUUGUUAAUUCCGCCAAGCAGAUUUUGCUUCAACAAAUUUGCAAAAAAUUUGUCCAAAUCGGCAAUUCUGUCAAGCAGAUUUCACUUUGAACAAAAUUUGCCAAAAUUGUUAAAUCCAUGAACAUUCACUUGGUCAGCCGUUUUUGUUACUGCAUGCAUUUCUGGGCAUAAGUGGGUUGUGUUGCUGAGUGGGUAAGGCAUUGGAAGUGUAAUCUGGUGGUCCCAGGUUCAAGUCCGUCAUCUUACUACUCACUGGAUUUGUUCUCAGCUGCUACAAGUUUAACUCUUUAGCUGCUCUUUGUACAGUAGUCGACUGCUCUGCCUCCUGCCAGGUGGGACUAAUAAUAUGUGCCAGUUAUUUAAACAAAGCCGUUGUUUAACAAAGUGAGCCUUUUGACUGAAAAUUUAUUUUUGUAAACAGUGUUGAGGAUGCAGAAAGCUAAUAGUGGAAAGCAUUUAUUUGAUCUAAUCAAAUCAAUCAGGAAAAUCCCUAAGGUCCACUGCUUGCAUAAAACCACACUUUGGGUCAGACAUGGUAUAAAUAAUAAGCCCCAUAUUUAUUGAUUCAUUCAUUUUAUUCAUUCAUUUGUAUUGGCCCUGAAUAACCCCAUUGGGGAAGUAGUAAAUUUAGCAUACAUGUAUACCUACAUACAUACAACCCUUUUAGUUGGUGUUUUAUGACAAAGCAAGGAGAGAAAUGCAUUGUGGGUGAACUUUGCAGGACAGAGAAGAAACUUUCGUUCAGCACCAGCUUGAUGAGCAACUCAAACAGGAAGAGCUGCGGCGUGUACAAGCUGCUAUGUUGGAAAAACAGGAGAGAAAUGACAAACAGAAAGAAAAUGAGGAAUUUCUUGACAAUCUGGUAAAGAAGAUUUAGAUUACUUGGGCUCCUUAUUGAUGAGAUACUUUGAUGAAGUCUCAACCCUUACAGAAGAAUCCAGUGUUUAACAAUCAAGAGCUUCAAUCUUUAGUUGGUGAUCAUUUUCUUCAUUCUUGUAACCUUAAUGUUUGAUUCCAGGGUGAUAUUGUAAGGAGAAAUUAGAUGCUAGUCACUCUCAAAGGUUAGAGGGUCAAUACUGUUCUCAGUUAUAACAAUUCAUUCUAUUUCAAAGUCAAUUUUACUGCUUAUUAGUAAAAAAUGUUAAAAUUGCGACAUACAUUUAAACACCUCUUAUUGACCAAGUUCAGUAAGUUACAGAACCAAGCAUAUUCCUCUCGCAUAUAUGGCCCAAGGGAGAAGUGUUAGUGCCAUAACUUGGUGGAAAAAGACAAUGUUUUGUAAGUUACACUAUGAAGAGAGAAAGAAAACAACUGAAAUUUAAUAAGAUGUUAAUAUUAUAUAACCCUUUAACCCCUGAGAGUGACUAACAUCUAAUUUCUCUUUAUGACAUCACCCCUGAAUGAAAGAUGAAGUUCAUGAGAAUGAAGGAGAUGAUCACCAACUAAAGAAGCUCUUGAUGGUUGAACAAAUUCUCCUUGUCAGCACCUUAAGAAAUGUAUAGAGAACAGUAUGGAGAAUAUGCAUAUUGAUGUUAGAGAGUAAAGGGUUAAUAUCUUUGGGUUCAAAUAGCGGGAGAAGAUUUCAGUUUUAAGGCUAAGUUGACCAAUUGUAAUGUACUUACUAACUGAGAGAUAUAAUUGUGCGCAUUAGCCUGAUGGAUCCAUUUCCAACUUUCGUUACAGGUCAAAGGGGAUCGUUCACUGGAUGACAUUAUAGCGGAACAUGCAAAUAAUUUGCAGAAGAAAUCUUUGCUGUUUUCAGCACAAAACACCCAAAUGACUUCAGUACAAAAAGUAAGUUGGUGAUAACACAUGUAAGGAAAUGCUGGAUUUAUUCUAGGAAUAACUUGGAGUUCAAACUGUUUUCACAAAUAAAUGUAUUUAUUCAAUCCAGCAUCCUACCUUGCAAACAAAAAAUUAAUUGCACAAGAGGAGUAUUGCUUAAGAUUUCCUCACUGGCUUAUAAUCCUUAAGUUCACUGUCUAUUAUACAACUUCACAUUUUUUUUCAUGUUUAUUGCUUUUGGGGUUUUUUUUUUUUUGCAAAGAAAACUUGCUACUUUGUUGAAAAUGGUGACAUUUGAUAAACAACCUGCCUUUAGCAAGAGCCCACUUCAACUAAGCGCUAGGUCCAUAAAUUUAUUAAAUUUGGCAUGUGCACUGAAUCAUUCAACCCGUCCAUUCAUUCAUCAAUGGUUUCAUUCUUCUGUCAGUCCAUCCAACCAUCUAUCCAUUAAAAUGAUCCAGGAUGUCUGCUUGUACAUCUCACUCACUUCUGUCAGUCUCCCCUCCUCUCCCCCCUCACCUUUGUCUUUGUAUCAAUCACGUGGUCGGUAUUUUUAUAUUAGCAGGGUACAGCACGUAGUUUAAACUAGUAAAGCGUGUGAUAAUCAGUGUAUUAUUGUUGUGUUUCAGGAAACAUUUGCUCCAUUGCCGUUAGCUGAAGGACCCAAGUUCGAAUAUGUUGCUCCACAAGUGAUAACUGAUGGGCCAGUUGCUCCAGAAAUGGAAGUAUUAGCUGCAAGAGGGUCAGUUUAAACUUAUCUACAUUUAGUCUCCAUUUUUUGUUGUUUUUAUUGAAUGGAUUCUGAAUCAGUAUUGCUAUGUCAUGUACGUGUUACUGUCUGAGAGAAGUAAGGUUUCGUUGAAAUUUUUUGCUUAUCACUUCUCUGAAACGUGAACGCAGCUCCUAUUUUGAAUGUUAUUCCAAUGGGUUAGCUUGUUGUAAAGCUCGAACGAACUCACGAACACUUUGAAUGAAGGGGGUAAGUUUCUGUCGUGAUUUCCUGAGGAUAUACCAGUUACUGUGGGACAAAUUUUCGGGUUCAUUGCUUUUUCUUGUUCGUGUCUAGAGCAAUUCUUUCAACCAAGUGUUGGAUGUAAGUUUGAACUGCAUUGGUUUUGCUUAUCUUCACUCUGUGAUUGGUUUGCAAAAUUCGCGCCACUCUCUCAACCAAUCAGAUUUAAGCUAAAGCAAUCACGACUUGGUCACUCGCGUUUUCCCGCGUUUUUAAUGCAGUUUGGUUGUUUUUACUUUGAUUUCUCAUUGGCUUUGUAGAAUAUUUCCUUUUCUUCUCAUUGGCCAUUGUGAAUACUUUGGUUUUGGUUUUACGGCACCCAAUCGAAGCGAGAUAAGAAACUUUUAAAAUGAUGAUAAAAUUUAACCCCCUUUGGCAAGGUUUCAUUAACUGGUUACUGGCUGUGCACCAAGAUGUCGAAGAGGAAACGAGUUCAAGCAUCCAGGGUUUUUAAAGCAAAGUUUUCAGACCUGUUGUAAGAUAUUAAACGUUGUCAGGCAUUUGUUUAAUCUUCUGUUCUCGACAUACAUUGAAUAUUGGAUUUUUUUCUUUUAGAUACCUUCGUCAUAUCCGUACUGCCACAGAAGGCGAGAAAGCGGGAGGGUAUACGUCUGAACUAGCCUGUGGCAGAGCAAUACAAGAAGCCUUUUCGGCGCUCUAUAUAGGUGCUGAGUAGAAAAGAGUACCACGAAGAUUUUUACGGAACAGUCGCUUCUUUCUUCUAAAAAUAGCCUCAGACGUUAAAACUUCGAGACUCAGUUUUUGGUAAGAUCUGACGCAUUUCGCCCUUGUAUUAGUAUGAAAGGUACUGCGAGAACUUUAAUGUAGACUAAGUUUGUAAAAUCACUUUAUAAUAAAUCUUCAUGAUACAAAUAAAAUAUGGUCAUUUCUUGGCGCGGG